CCUACUUCCGGUUUGCUAGUCUUCCGACACAUCUCGUGACAGCUUUUUUUUUUUAUUUACCACCAAACAAAGAGGAAUAAACAGCGACUCCUGCCUGUAUAUAGCGCUUCAGAAGCGAUUCUUUAUCAUUAAACAUGUAUUUUCGGUAAUAAACCAGUAGUUAAAGCCGCACCAAAGGACGAACCGGGAUGUGGCGAGUUCAAGGUUUUGUCGGAAGAGCACUCCAUCGUUACCAUGGCAGCGGUACCUUACGACUCCCCCAGAACCACCAUGUGGAGGACGAGGUCAUCAGUGGCUCAGCUGCUCUCUCUACUUCUCGACACUCGUUCGACAACAGAUCCCAGGAGGAUGAUGGAAAGAGGAGGAAGAAAGAAAAGACGUUUCAGUUUCAUGCCGAACUUCCAAAUUACACAGCCCUGGAUGCUGUGGGAUGGGGAGCGGUGGCCGUGCUGUUUAUGCAGAUCUGCAGAAGGAUCCACUCCAGGUUUUCUUCAGGCAGCGAGCCCAGUCCCAGCGCUGGAACCCUGACAGCUCCCCCGUCCCUGCAGAAAUGCGGAUACCGCGUCCUGCUGGAAAUCUCAGUAUCAAGACGUGACGUCCUGCCCAGAGGAAGAAAUGUCUUGUGUCUCCAGGCUGUGCCAGAGGGACAGAAUCAAGAUCAGUCCCCAUCUCAAAGCAGCAACAGCAGUGGAACUAUUGACAGUUCCCUCUCCGACCACCAGGAGGAGCUCUUGGGCAAGAAUCCACUGACACCUGAGGAACCACAUUUGAGUUCUCCCCUGCAGACUGAGAUCAACCAAAAACGCACAGAUAACAAAGACGAGGAAGUGUCACAUAAAGAGAGGCUGACAGAAGCAGCGCUCAACCUCAGAAGUGUGGGGGACACCAGCGUACCUGUAAUCCUGAACAUCAUUGGUCUAGAAAGUGCCAAGAGAAAAAACGAUGAGGAAGCUUUCUGCUGCUUUCUAGCGUCAGCUCAACACGGCUACAACAAGGCGCAGUUUAACACUGGGGUGUGCUACGAGAAGGGCAGAGGAGUCAGCAAGAACAAGGAGAAGGCUCUUCACUACUACAAGCUUGCGGCCAUCAGUGGCCAUAAACAAGCUCAGUAUCGCUAUGCAAAGCUGCUGCUAGCCAGCAGGGGGCAUCAGAGUACAGAGGAGGUGAACACAGCCAUUCAGUUACUGGAAGAAGCAGCUACAGCUGGGCUCACAGAGGCUCAGAUCUGCCUGGCCUCUUUUUACUCUCAGCAUCCUGCCAAAAAUGUGCGCAAGUCCAUUCAGUACCUGAAGAUGGCAGCAGAGAGUGGAGACAACUCUGCUCUGUUCUUGUUGGGUCAGUGUUACGAAAGCGGCAUCGAGGUGCAGCAGAAUUUAAAGACAGCAGUGGAGUUUUACAAGCGAGCCGCACAAGCAGGAAACAAGCAAGCAAAGAGCUUACUGACGCCUCAUAAUAAUUCAUACGGGGAUGUAGCGAUGCGCUCCAUCCGAUCAGCUCCCUGCUUCUCUGUGGCCGACAGCUGGCGCCAGCCGCUUUCUUCUCUGGUCCAUCAUGCCCAGUCCAGUCUCCUCCCUCACUCGUGGAGCACCGGCAGCCUGUGUGCACCUCCGUCACUAUCCUCCACACCUGUUCACCUCCAUCCGCCCGGCACAGAACGGGGAGUUUGCCAGUGGACAGUAGGGAUAGGAUAGGUGGCAUAAGAAAAAAACAAAGCCAAGCUACAUGUACAAGGAAUGUAUUUCAGUUUGAAUGUGGCAUCUCUGAAAGGGUCUGUGUUUUGUGUGUAUAUACCUGUGAGGUCUGAAUAUGUGGGGUUUUUUUUAGUUUAUGUCUGAAAGAUGGUUAGAAAACAAUCUGACAAUGAAAAAGCUCUAGCUCUUUUAGGCUGUGAAUGUCUAUUUGUUCUCUAAUGUGAAAAACCCUUCAGAUUGCCUUUGGUUGGGUUUCUCUGCUAACGCACAAGUAGGAUUAAUCUCUUCAAAAGAACUACAGUUACCAGGAAUAAUGCUUAUCUCCGCUGUGUUGUAUCAGUGUCAUAUUUCAACCCAUAACCUGUGGUUAAUGUGUCUUUUGUUGUAAAGCAACCAUUUCAGAAUUGUCGCCUCAGCCAAACUUGCUAACCAGCUGUGCCAGUGUUAAUUUUGAGGAGGAUGUUUACUCUGUUGAAAUGCAAAUUUUUAAGUAAAAAAAACUUUUUAAAAUU